UGCGGUCAGUCAGUCUGCGGGGCACAGGAUCGCGUGGAAGGCUGCUGCAAGCUCCAAGGCGCCGCCUCCGCCGCCCAGAGUCCGGUUCGGUGCGGCCGCCGCCGAGCGAGCUCCUCCCGCCGCCGCCGCCGCCGCGCCGUGCCCCCGACCGCCCGCCGCCCGCUUGCAAGCUCGCCCGCCCCUGGGGCCCCGGCGCCAAACGAGGUGGGCAGCCGCGCCGGCCAGGGGCGGCCAGAACUGAACAGCCGCCGCGGAGCCCCUGGCCCUCGCCCCUCCCCAGCCCCACGCCCGCGGUGCCCUCGCCCCUCUUCGCCCUUCGCCCAGGAAAGGCGGGGAAAAGACGGGGAUUAACCCGAAGAAAGAAGGGAGUGGGGAGGGGGGGGGAGCCAGUAUCUCCCCUGGGGCAAUCGCCCAUCGCCCCCCGAUCCCACCGCGCGCAGAACUUUCGGGGGACGACUUUUACCCAUUUUGCGCCCCCUUUUUGCCAAACCGUAAAAUGAAAGGACAAAAGUUGGCGCUGACUCUUGUAGCUCCGAUGGCGACUUGUGCAUUUUCAGCGGCAUCUCCCGGAGAAAAAGCCCUGCGCGCCUGAUUGUUCUGUGGCCCCAAAGAUUCAGUGUGUGCGUGUGGGGGGGGUGGGGGUGUGUGGGUGUGUGUCUGUGUGUGUACACAGACGUCCACACACUCACUCGCGGCCGCAGGAUCAGCGCCUGGAAGCAGACGUUUCGGCCACAGACUUGGAGAGGAGGAGCUGGAGAUCGGGAGGCGUGAGCCGCCAGGAGUUUGCAGAAUCCGUGGUGUGAAUGAACUGGGGGCACCUGGGCGCGCGGAUCGCCCCCGCCCCCGCCUCGGGCCAGAGUUGAGUAGUGGGGGCAUUUUUUUUUCACCCUCUUGUGAAGAAUUUUUUUUUUUUAUUAUUUGUUGUAAAGUCUUUUGCACAAUCACGCCCACAUUUGGGGUUGGAAAGCCCUAAUUACCGCCGUCGCUGAUGGACGUUGGAGAGGGAGCGCCUCGCCGCGGAACAGUCGCCUGCACGCCCUCGCCGGACCCGCGGCUCCCUUGUUGCGCGCCGGCCCGGCUUUGCCUUUGCUACCGGCCGACGGGCUUCGGCGCCCCCUCGGUUCCCUGGCGCAUCUCGGCGCUGCUCCGGCUCGGGCCCCCAGACUUGGGCGCCAGUGACUGCUUCGCCUGUGAUUUCCUGCGCCUGCCGGACGCGCCCAGGAGGAGCCCGAAGCUCUGCGCCGGAUCGUCCCCCCAGGCUUAACCCGGCCGCUCCGCUCGGAUUCCUCGGCUGCCCUCGCUCUAGUGGCGACUUCCUCCCCGCAGCCACGUCCCCUCCCCCUCGCCAUGAAGAAGGCGAUUGGAAUAUUAAGCCCAGGAGUUGCUUUGGGGAUGGCUGGAAGUGCAAUGUCUUCCAAGUUCUUCCUAAUGGCUUUGGCCAUAUUUUUCUCCUUCGCCCAGGUUGUAAUAGAAGCCAAUUCUUGGUGGUCGCUAGGUAUGAAUAACCCUGUUCAGAUGUCAGAAGUAUAUAUCAUAGGAGCACAGCCUCUCUGCAGCCAACUGGCAGGACUUUCUCAAGGACAGAAGAAACUGUGCCACUUGUAUCAGGACCACAUGCAGUACAUCGGAGAAGGCGCGAAGACAGGCAUCAAAGAAUGCCAGUAUCAAUUCCGACAUCGAAGGUGGAAUUGCAGUACCGUGGAUAACACCUCUGUUUUUGGCAGGGUUAUGCAGAUAGGCAGCCGCGAGACGGCCUUCACGUACGCGGUGAGCGCCGCGGGGGUGGUGAACGCCAUGAGCCGCGCGUGCCGCGAGGGCGAGCUGUCCACGUGCGGCUGCAGCCGCGCCGCGCGCCCCAAGGACCUGCCGCGGGACUGGCUGUGGGGCGGCUGCGGCGACAACAUCGACUACGGCUACCGCUUCGCCAAGGAGUUCGUGGACGCGCGCGAGCGGGAGCGCAUCCACGCCAAGGGCUCGUACGAGAGCGCGCGCAUCCUCAUGAACUUGCACAACAACGAGGCCGGCCGCAGGACGGUGUACAACCUGGCUGAUGUGGCCUGCAAGUGCCACGGGGUGUCGGGCUCCUGCAGCCUCAAGACCUGCUGGCUGCAGCUGGCUGACUUCCGCAAGGUGGGCGACGCCCUGAAGGAGAAGUACGACAGCGCGGCCGCCAUGCGGCUCAACAGCCGGGGCAAGCUGGUGCAGGUCAACAGCCGCUUCAACUCGCCCACCACGCAGGACCUGGUCUACAUCGACCCCAGCCCCGACUACUGCGUGCGCAACGAGAGCACGGGCUCGCUGGGCACGCAGGGCCGCCUGUGCAACAAGACGUCCGAGGGCAUGGACGGCUGCGAGCUCAUGUGCUGUGGCCGCGGCUACGACCAGUUCAAGACCGUGCAGACGGAGCGUUGCCACUGCAAGUUCCACUGGUGCUGCUACGUCAAGUGCAAGAAGUGCACGGAGAUCGUGGACCAGUUCGUGUGCAAAUAGCGGUCGCUCGACGCCUGCCUGUCACCCUGCCCCGCUCCCAGGACCCACUUAUUUAUAGAAAGUACAGUGAUUCUGUUUUUUUUUUUUUAAUAUUGUUUUAUUUUCCCCUGAGAAUUACAACCGGAACCAUUUUUUUUUCUGCUCCCAUCUAAAAACUCUGUGGUUUAUUAUUAAUAUUUUUAUUAUUAUUUGGCAAUAAUGGGGGGUGGGAACCAAGAAAAAAAUAUUUAUUUUGUGCAUCUUUGAAAAGGUAAGACAAAACUUCUUUUGACGGUACAGGAUGAGGGGGAAUUACAUGUACCCUUAGUUGUGUGCACAUCUAGAAGGGAAAAAUGUUUUCUUUUUCUCAACUAAGGGGUCAGAUAUGGAACAGGUAGCAUCCAACUGGAAGGGGGUGGUACAGAUCUAUGCAGGACCCAGCUUCUGUGAUCAAAGUGAAUUGCGAAUGCUCUGGGGAGGGUGGAGAGGUCUUGAGAAACCAACAAAAAAUGAGGUCCCCCCCACCCCCCUUCCCUAGGGACUGCCAACCUGAAACAGUUUCAAAAUGGUAAUUUAAGAGGUAACAGCCAGAAUCUCCUAUCCUUCAAAGGAAGAAGGUACAUUAUUUGUGUCUGUUUUCUCAAACAUUCUAUCUGCAGAUGGUCUUACACUAGUAGCUACUGAAACUUGGGGAGCAGGGAGGAAAAUCCCAGUAGUUGAAGACCUGAGAAACACAGGUAUCAAGAUACUGACUUGAAGCUGUUAACAGGAAUUAGGUUAUCAGAUUGGAAAAGGAUUCCCAUGUGGUUCUGGGUACUAGACUUUUUGUUUGGAGAGAGGUGGGAGGUUGGCUUGAAUAUGAAGAAAAAUAUACUGUAAUUUUCUUAGGGAUACUUGGUUAAUAAAUAACAUUAAUGAAAAAUAGUAAAUGAAUCCAUUCACAGAUCCUCAGCCCAGACGACAAGGUGUGCAGGUCAGCGUUGCACCAGAGCAGAAAACCUGUUUGAGGGGAAAGAGUGAAAUCGGUCCUCCUACUUGACCCCAGGACCUCUCUGAUUCCUCCUUGCUUUGCUGCGAUGUGAUGCUGGCCACGUUGCGAAAGGCAGCAGCAGCUCAACUGGGUCCCCUUUGAUUGUGGGACAGGAAAUGAAGUAUUACAAGCUCCACUUGGGAAACAGUCCACUACUUAGGGAUUUUUUUUUCCCUAAAACUUUUAUUUGGAGGAGCACCAGUUUUUGUAUGUUUUAAUGACGUUAACAUGGCUAAUGGAGUUCCCAGAGGUGCUGCUGCGUUCACUGUUGUGAUCCUGUGUAGAGACUUUCCACUCCAGCUUUUCCUAUUAUACUGCAGGUGUGCCCCAAGACUGUUCUAGUGUACUUGAACAGUUGCAUUUAUAAGGGGGGGAUACGGUUUAAUGGUCCCUCAUAUCUCAAAGUCUUUUGUAAAUAACAUAUAUAUAUAUACACACACACACACACACAUCUAUAUAUAAAUAUAAAUAUAAUUAUAUCUCAGUGCAGCCAGUGAUUUCUAGUUUACUCUGGGGUUAUUUCUCGGUCUAGAGCAUUGUUAUCCUUCAUUGCAAUCCAAUUGGGAUUUUUCCAAAAGGUUUCUGGGUUGAGCCUGGGCUGUGGCCCUGAUGUGAUCACAUCUUAAGCAUCACGAAGCAGCCUUGUUUCUGAGGAAUCUGGAAGGUCUUACCUGAUAUGCAUGUUGGUUUGAAGACUUCUUUCAUCAUCCCUGUGCCACCCCCUUUCUCCAACCUCCAUUUCUGUACACUUUCCAGAAAGGGCAUUACUCCUUUGUCAUAGAGGUGGAAAUGAAGAGAGUUUCAAAACUCGGAAGCUUUGUCAAUGCGUCUGUUCCCUUGGUUCAUUUUGCAGAGUGAAAACCGGUGCCUGUUAGGCCUGGAGGUACCUGUUUGAGUCCAAGGAAAACUGAGCUUACAACAUACAUAGCUAGUUAGAGAGAUUUUUUUUUUUUUUAAAGCAAGGACACCUUUUUCCUAAAAAUGCCAUCAAAUGUGUUCUUAUCUCAGACUUACGCUGUUCUAAAAGUUUGGAAAGAUACACAUCUCCUACAACCGUCCUAGGCUUGGUGGUCUUCAUAAUCACCUCCACCACCUGUGGCUCUUAAUUUAUUGCACAAGGAUAUUCACUUCCCCUCAGUUGCAGUGAAUUGCAAGCAAAAGAUCUUGAAAUUAAAAAGCACUAAUUAGUUUAAAAUGUCACUUUUUUGGUUUUUAUUAUACAAAAACCAUGAAGUAAUUUUUUUUUAUUUGCUAAACCAGAUUUUGUUCCUUUUUAGUGAUUCAUGUUUAUGAAGAGAGUUGAGUUUAACAAUCCUAGUUUUUAAAAGAAACUAUUUAAUGUAAAAUAUUCUACUUGUCAUUCAGAUAUUAUGUAUAUCUUCUAUGGCCUUUAUUCUGUACUUUUAAUGUACAUAUUUCUGUCUUGCGUGAUUUGUAUAUUUCACUGGUUUAAAAAACAAACAUUGAAAGGCUUAUGCCAAAUGGAAGAUAGAAUAUAAAAUAAAACGUUACUUGUAUAUUGGUAAGUGGUUUCAAGUGUCCUUCAGAUACUUCAUGUGGAGGUUUUUUUUUUUUUUUGAGAAACCAUGAGGGAUAGUUUAGGGUGACUACGCGUCAGAAUAAUAGAAGAGUGGAGACUUUUACCAAAACCAAACUUUGGAAGCUUCAAAAGAUUUCUAUAUGUAAUGGAACAAAAGGGGAAUUCUCUUUUCCUCUAUAUGUUCCUCAAAAAAAAAAAAAAAAAAAAAAAGAAAGAAAGAAAAGAAAUCAAGCAGAUGGCUUAAAGCUGGUUGUAGGAUUGCUCACAUUCUUUUAGCAUUAUGCAUGUAACUUAAUUGUUUUAGAGCGUGUUGCUGUUGUAACAUCUAGGAGAAGAACUGAAAAGGCACACGCUUUUAUCCAUGACCAGUAUUUUUGUCCAAAAGUAUAUUUGUGUUUACCACUGCAUCUGUUGUACCUCUCUGUUGGAAGUUACCAUGGACGGAUGGUCUCUUAUACCCCUUUGGAAGUAGUUCUACGAAAAGCAAACCUCAGUCUGCAGAGAAUGAAACUCAUUGGAAACUGAAGGUUCGUUGUGUUAAGUGCAAUUAAUAUGAGUUCUUGUGCUUUCUGAAAACUUACACCGAAAUCUGGCCAGCGCCACACAGAUUGAUACGUUAGCCCUUUGCUUUUUUUUUUUUUUCUUUCCGGAUAACCUUGUAACAUAUUGAAACCUUUUAAGGAUGCCAAGAAUGCAUUAUUCCACAAAAAAACAGUAGACCAACAUAUAGAGUGUUUAAAAUAGCAUUUCUGGGCAAAUUCAAACGCUUGUGGUUCUAGGACUCACAUCUGUUUCAGUUUUUCCUCAGUUGUAUAUUGACCAGUGUUCUUUAUUGCAAAAACAUAUACUCCAUUUAGGACUGUCAGCAUAUUUUUUUCUUUUCAUGCUGGAGUGCAUUCAAGAUCUUCCCAAUACAGGAAAAUUAACAAAAAAUUUGUAUGUAGGCAGUGGCAAACAGAGUCAUGUUCAAAAUAGUAAUUAUGGGCUAAAGUAGAAGGAAGACCGUUUUAAGUUUUGGUCCAGUUUAUCUGUUCAGUUCUUCAAGCUUGAACUCCUGGGACUGACACCGUGUGUAUGUUUUAGUAGCCGACCCAAACCCUUUUCUCAGACAAUGUUGCCAAUACCAGUUUUCAAUUUGUUUUUGCAAAACAUUAUUCAAGCCGGUGGAGUUAUCAAAUAUGACGUUCUAUAAGUACUCCGAAUAAGAAACUGGUACUGGCUGAGUCCAAGAGAUCCUUGGCAAAAGCAGUCCCCAAAGACUGAGUGGUGUAUUAUAGAAAUAGAGACAGAUAGAAAAGGUACUUACAACUUGAAGAAUAUACGUAAUGCAAAUACUCACCAAGGCAUAGGUCUAGAGUACUGCAUUAUCUCUGUAAAGUAUACUUUAAAAAUAUUUAUUUUUUUAAAAAAGGUAUUUUUUAGUCUCUCUCUUUGGAAUGGGGAAAACUAGAUGCCAUGUUUUGAAAGUAAGACGAAGAAAUGAGUUUUUAAUAAUAUAGGACACAUUUGGCAAUGUUAGGAAUAAAAACCUAGGAAGUGGAUCGUCUACCUGUUCGCACAAACUUUACGCUUCAACCUAAUGUUUGGAUAAUACUUUAUUUUAGUGAAACAUCAUCUUGUUAGUCAACUUGAGACAAUGGAUAUGGAAUGAUUAAAGGUUGGUGUGAUUUUUUUUUAAAGCAAAAGUGUAUCAGUUUGAAUUUCAAAGAUUUAAUGUCUCAGUAUUUCAGAAGCAAACGGAAAUGAGGAACAUUGCCUCCUAGAUCAGUUUUAUAUGCAGUGUACAAUUUGCUGGGCUAGAAAUGAGAUAAAGAUUAUUUAUUUUUGUUCAGACCUUGUACUUUUCUAUUAAAAUCAUUUUAUGAAA